CAAGCCUUGGGAUUUUCGGAGGUUGACAGGUAUAACGCACGGUGCUUGUGGUUUCUAACUCUUUGCCCUCCACUCUAAUACUCAAUCACAGGGAGCGCAAAACCAUAAGAACGAUAUUUUACGCAGGUUCCCUGUGGUUUUCUAAUAUGGCGGACAAUAAGUAAAUUCGAAACAACCGCACACACUAAACUAACGGUUGUUGUGGUAUGUUCAAGUCGCUAUUCGGCCGAAAGAGGCGAUCGAUAGCUGAAAGAGAUCGUAAUAAUGUAGCUCCUGGUUCCCAGGAAGGGAAUAGAUUAGAGUCGUUGGAUUUUGAGCAAGUUUUAGAUGCAGUGCUCGAGACGGCGGAUCUCUCUAAUCCCGAAAGUUACUCAACAGCAGUGUGUGAAGUUGAGUGUUUGUGGGUGAGAUAUCAGGAACUAACUUCAGUUGAUGGUGGACAGAACACAGGUGUAAAUGACAACCCCCCACCAGGAGACGACCCCUUUUUAAAACAGGUAUGGAAGACAUUGCCUAGGGAUGAUGAUGGUAGAGUGACAUUCCAAGCAUUUUAUGGUGUCAUCAGAUGGUGGCAGACAGCUGACUUGGACACCAAGCUCAGAGGAAUAUUUAAGUUACUGAAUGGAGAGCAGUCUCUUGACGCAAGCACCUUGCUACAGAUAGUAAAGACACUGGACAGUGAUUUAGAUGAGGAAACAGCCAAGAGACAAGCAGAGCUGUUAAUGUCACAUCUGGACAAUAUUCAACAAGGUUUUAUUGAUGAAGAUCAGUGGACCCAGGCAGUUAGGCGGUUGCUCCCUAGCGAGAUCCAUCAGCUCACCGAAGUAAACAUAAUUCCUACUAGUUAUGGUAAUGACAGGCGUGCACCACCCGAACCCCAACAACAAAGUGCCUCAUCCAAUCGUUCACCAAUUAGCGAAGAACUGCUGGUCACAGUCAGCGGGCUCAUAGGCGAGAGAGACUGGAAGCCAUUAGCUGUCCAGCUGGGCAUCUGUGAUGACGUCAUCCAAGCUGCUUCGUUGCGUUACCCGAACAGGUCACGCGAACAGCUCUAUCAUGUGAUGCGGCAAUGGAACGCGGGGCCUGGUGCGAGCAAACAGAAUCUUGUUAACGCUUUGAAAAAAUGCGGUUUUACCGAGACCGCGAGCUCUAUCAGUCAGCGUCAAAUGUCUCAACAAUCUGUGACGUAAUAACACUGUUCCCGCCAUUCCAUGACGGAAUCUGGUAUUUAUAAGAUACAAUACCCCAUCCUACCCGUGGAGGAAAUAGCAAACUCUAUGUUUAAGCCGUAGGAUGGAAAUUCCGGGGAACUGACAAGUGGAUUUCCCAAUUUCUUUCUGGGAAGCAUACCCUCGAAACGAUGCUCGGAGACCCAGAACUGUUUCCUGGCGAACCCCAAAGGACGCUCGCAGAGACAAGUUUUUUUGUGUGUGUGGGGGGAGGGGGGUGCAUAUUACUGAAAUUGUACUCGUAAUAUGAAGUACAUCUCCAGCAACUUAAUAAAGACGAGUGGCCAGAUGGUAAAGUGGAGCGCUUGUUCAACUUGUUUGUGAGUAUGGAAUUAUUUCAAGUCCGAGGACCGGAACAAAAUCAUUUCAGUUCAGGGACUGUUAUAGUCUCCUGAGCUGCCGUCCUUAGUGUCUCCCACGUGAUUGAUUGACUGAUUGAUUGAGAAUUGAGACAAUUUUUAAUGAGGGUUACACAUAAUAUCCUACAGAUAAUGUACUUGUGGCUCUCAAAUUAACACAAUUAGAAUAUACAAUGAAUGCAUAAAAAGAAUGUUAUUGUAAAGGGGGAUAACAAAUAAAUAUAGAAAAAGUC